AAUGGUGGAUUGCGUUGCUUUUUCUCGUGCUCUGUGUAAAAUAUUUACGUAAAAUAGUGUUAAAUUCGCGGUGCAGUGUUUCUGACUAACAGAAACAUGUCGGAAACACUGCCGAACAGCAAAAAACAAGUUCCGAGGCAACUGCGCGAACGCAAGCAGCGCAAGCUCUACUCCGAUGAGUGGGCCCUCGGAGACGAUGAUGUGGAAGGUGGCCGAGGGUUCUCCCUGGCCGACAAGCUGGAGAGCCCCCGCUUUGAGCACCCCGGCUCCAUACACGAGAUGUUUGGCUCAGAGCUCACAGUGGCUUACCUGCAGAAAAAUGGAUUCACAACUCCGCUGCUCUUUAAGGAGAGAACUGGAUUGGGACUGAGGGUGCCGACGAGCAACUUCACCGUGAACGAUGUGCGCAUGUGCGUGGGCUCGCGCCGUCUGCUCGACGUCAUGGACGUCAACACGCAGAAAAACAUCGAGAUGACUAUGAAGGACUGGCAGCGUUACUACGAUGACCCCAACAAGGAGCGUCUUCUGAACGUGAUCUCACUCGAAUUCUCGCACACGCGGCUCGAGAACUACGUACAGGCGCCGAGAAUUGUCCGUCUGAUUGACUGGGUGGAGGUGGUGUGGCCUCGUCACCUUAAGGAUCAACAGACUGAGUCCACAAACGCUUUAGACGACAUGAUGUACCCGAAGGUACAGAAAUACUGCCUCAUGUCAGUUAAAGGCUGCUAUACAGACUUCCACAUCGAUUUUGGGGGUACCUCCGUGUGGUAUCACAUUCUGAGAGGGGCUAAAGUGUUUUGGCUGAUCCCACCCACUGAGAAGAAUCUACAGCUGUAUGAGAAGUGGGUCCUCUCUGGCAAGCAGUCAGACGUUUUCUUCGGAGACACGGUCGAGAAAUGUAUUCGCGUCCAUCUGCAAGCGGGCCACACGUUCUUCAUCCCGACUGGCUGGAUUCACGCUGUGUACACACCGAGCGACUCGCUCGUGUUCGGCGGUAACUUCCUGCACCAAUUCGGUAUUGAGAAGCAGCUCAAAAUCGCACAAGUUGAAGAUGUGACAAAGGUUCCCCAGAAGUUCCGGUACCCGUUCUUCACGGAGAUGCUGUGGUACGUGCUGGAGCGGUACGUGGGCGCGCUGCUGGGCCGCUCGCACCUCUCCACGGAGCAGCCGCCGCCGCAGCCGGCCAAGGAGCACGUGCACCUCACGCAGAACGAGCUGCACGGCCUCAAGGCCAUAGUGAUGUAUUUACACCAGUUGCCGGCUGCCCGGAAAUCAGUGCCCGAGCUUCUGAGUGACCCUAUAGCGUUGGUCAAAGAUGUGCGCACAUUGGUCGAGCAACACAGACAUGAUAAGCAGCACCUGGCUAUUACAGGAGUACCUGUGCUGAAAGGUCCGGAUGAAGUGGUGACGGGCGAGCGGCGCCAGUCCAGCGGCCGCGGCGGGCGCGGGGGCCGCGGCGGGGGCGGCGCGCGCCCGCGCCCCGACCACGCCAGCUCUGCACCGAGGCGGCGCCGCACCAGAUGCAAGAAGUGUGAGGCGUGCCAGCGAACAGACUGCGGAGAGUGCGUGUUCUGCCACGACAUGGUCAAGUUCGGUGGGCUCGGCCGCGCAAAGCAAACCUGUAUCAUGCGACAGUGCUUACAACCAAUGUUACCAGUCACAGCUUCGUGUGCCGUUUGUCAUCUUGACGGUUGGAUGCAAACUCCAGUCGCGCCACAAGCCAAAGGCAAUUCAGGUCGCAACGGGCCAUCUUCCCUGCGCGAGUGUUCGGUGUGCUACAGCAUCGUGCACCCGGCGUGCGUGCCGCCCGGCGGCCAGCUCAACGAGGACCUGCCCAACUCCUGGGAGUGCCCCACCUGUACCACCAUGGGGCUCAACCACGACUACAAGCCUCGUCAUUUCCGCGCGCGUCAGAAGUCUUCGGAUCUCAGGAGAAUGAGCGUCGGCUCAGACGCCAGUCAACUAAGUCGAGACCACAGUAAUCUGCAGAAUAAACUACCGCCUCCGGGUCCAGUCAAAUCGGAACCCAGUUCAGAUAACGAGGGGAAGAACGACGUCCCACAUAUCAAGUCUGAAAGUGAGAUAAAACGCGAAGAGGAAGGAGGUGAAGGUGGUACCGGGGAGAAUGGAGGCGAAUGGGAACCUUCAGCCAAGAAACGGCGCCCGAGUGACGAGCAGGAGGCGCCCAAGAAGCAGGCGCUGCGGGCCCAUCUCGCGCUGCAGCUCACACACCACUCUGCUAAGCAAAUGAAGAAGCCCCUAUACCCCAUCCGACCAGCCCAAAUGCCGGGGUCAGCGUUAUCCUGCGGCGGAGUACUCGGCUCGCCGUGGCUGGACCGCGGCGCCAUGCUCAGCGUGUUCGCGCGCCUCACGCCCUCCGAGCUCGCCACCUGCGCGCUCGUCUGCAAGGCCUGGGCCGAGUACUCGAUGGAUCCAUCUCUGUGGCGCAGCAUGUCGUUCGUACAAGUGAGAGUAUCGGCCGCGCAACUGGCCGGCAUCGCUCGUCGCCAACCACUGUCACUCGGCCUCGAAUGGUGUCAUCUCGCUCGCCGUCAGCUAGCUUGGUUGCUAGCCCGUCUGCCGGCGCUGCGCUCGCUGUCCCUCGCGGGCUCGCCGGCCGAGGCGGCUCUCGCUCUGCGCUCCUCCACGUGCCCGCCGCUGACCUCGCUGGACUUAUCCUUCGCGCGCUGCCUCGACGACGCCAAGCUGCGGGGAAUAUUGGCUCCGCCCGAGAACUCCAGACCUGGAGGAGGGAACAGGACCGGCGCGGAACCUUCUAGACUCGCCGCGCUCAGCGUGCUGCGGCUGCCGGGGACCGACAUCACCGACGUGGCCAUGAGAUAUGUUGUGCAGGCGUUACCAAAGCUAGUAGAACUGGACGCGUCUUCGUGCGCUCGACUCACAGACGCCGGCGCGGCGCAGCUGGCGCACCACGGCCUGCAGCGCCUGUCGCUGGGCGGCUGCCGGCUGCUCACGGAGGCUGCGCUCGACCAUCUCGCGCGCUGCCCCAACCUUAUUAGACUGGAUCUCCGACACGUGCCCCUCGUGUCCACACAAGCCGUGAUCAAGUUCGCGGCCAAGUCGCCCCACAACCUGCACGUGCAGGACGUGAAGCUAGUCGAGCUGCGCAAGACCUGAUCCGAGCCCGCCGGCCCCGCGGCUGAGGACGCGCACGCUAGUGAUUAGUGACGACGAGUCAGCGACAAGUGAUAGACACUAGUGAUAGUGAUAACAAGGGAUUUAAACUGAAUAGUGAACUGUGAAACUCGCGCGUUAAGCAUGCCUGCGGGUAUCUUAUUUUGUUUCUAACAUGGCCCCGUAGCCGAAUGACAUUGACAAUGAAAACGAAACGCCGGGAAAGGUAUUCUGGCUCUGCCGCGCCAAUACACAAGAGCGAUAGAGAUAGAUAUCUCCGAGCGUUUCGUUUCGUGAGCGUUUGUGCAUUCGGCUACGCACGCAGGGCAUGUUUCUUCAAUCGUUUUUGAGUUAGGGCCCGUUGCGUCAUACUCGUCAGUAACUUAAAAAAGAGAUUGUUUUACCGUUUGCAGAGGCAUUAUUAAAAAUAUGACUGUUCUGUCUAAGAUAGACAAUCCAUAUAAGAAGUCAGAUAUUACUUUUGGAAAAAUGGGUUUUAUUAGUUCAAAUUCGAGCAAAAGAAUCCGUAUAGAACUAACGUACGUUUGUUCCAUUGUCCAUUGCUAAGUACAUGCCUGUAUUGUGAUUGUAAUCGAUUAUGAUUAUACGAUCUAAUCAAAGAUAUUGUGGAAUUCAGAUUUAACAUUAGCAAGCGAGGUUGAUAGUAAUGGACGUGAUAUUAAACGCUCAAUGCCUUAACGCAGAUCCGCGUUCCGGCUCGUGAAUGGUGAAUCAAAUCCAAUAAAAUAUUCGUAAUAAUGAUAAUCAAUUUAUCGGUAUUGCUUUAUUAUGUCAUUUGGCAUAUUUUUAUUUUUACCUUCUUUUUACAGAAAUGUAUUCCAAAACAAAAUUGUGUAAUGCGCGCACAACAUAUCAACAGCGUCCCGCUACGCUGCAAGACGCGUUAGAUGUUAAUAAAACAAAGACUUGAUUUAAGCCUAUACGGUAAUCGAAGUGAUACGAUUUCUAAAUAAUGAUAGAAAUAUUGAUCUAGAAGUGUCAAGAUAGGAAUAGUGAAUGAUGUGUUUUUUUAGCAGCUGUUUUGAUAUUGGAAUAUUUAAGCUAGAAAGUGUUUUUAGGUGUUGUAAAUCGAUUUUCAUCAGCAUCACAUUUGCUUGUGAGUUAUUCCGAAGAUUAUAUGGUGAAUAUAAUAACAGAUAAUACUACUCAAAUAUUUUGGAGUUUUAUUAAGGGCAAACAUCACAUCAAAUAAUACUAUUUUAGACAACUGCUAGAAAAAUACACAGGGAUUAGUGUUUUAAUUGGUGACUUAUAAAUAUAUAAUUAUAAUCCUUGGAGAGUUUGAUUUUUCCAAUUAUUUUAUUCUAUCUUUUGCAAUAUCAGUGCCAACAUAUAGGUAGUGUCUAUAUGAACCAGCACAUAUUUCAUUGCACAAUCAAAUAACUAUAUUAAAGUUGAACGAUAUUAAUUUUAUUGCAUACUGUUGGAUUGGUAUCUAUUAUAUUUUAUUGUUGGUUUUAUGUUUUGAUAAUGAUGGCCUUUAAUGUCGAAGGUUUUCAAUAAAUUAUUGAAUUAACCUUUGCACUUAAUAAAGGUAACAAUAUAUAAUAAUAGUAUGAUGCCGCUUCAUAGCAUAUCCAAGUUUCGAUGCAUCCAUUUUCACAAUUACUGCAAACUUUCAAUCACAUAAUAGUUAUAAAGAGUCAAAGUUUCUUAAAGGGUUCAAGAGUUUUGAGCGAGCAAAGGGACUAACAAACGUUAACACAGUCUUUUGAAAGUUUUUUGUAAUUCUGAAAGAAAUUCGAAUACAUAAAUAAGAAAUAAGGCUAUUGAUAAGCUUUGAAACAUUGGUUAUGUGCUGAAGCGCACAUUCAACACUUGUAUUCAAAUGGAUCUCUGAAUUUCUUAUAAUGAUAGGAUUCCUCGAACAAUCGUUCGUACACGUUUCUUAUAUAUUGUUCCAGCAAUACUUACUUUUUGUAAAUAUUAACAAUGAUUAUUUAUUUCGCACUCCUGAAAAGGAAGAAUUAUUUUAGGUUCAUGACAAUUGUAAGAGCUUAGGUUGUAUUUUUCUUAGUUCUAGUCGCUUUUUAGGUUUAAGCAAUUAAUAGAUAUGUUUGACUGUGACCGAUUAUAUAACGUUUAUUGAUCAUUUCUUGAACUUUAGAGGCUACACAAUAAAAUUACGCUUUUCGUUUAACACUGAAUAUUUCCCAAAUUUUGUAGAAUAAUGCUUGAAAAAAUACAAUAAAGCUGGUGCAAAAUAUACACAUUUUUGACAUUGGACGUAAUGAUUAGUUUUGUAUAGCAUUACGAUAUUAUCUAGUUAAAAUUAGAUCAGAUUUUCAGUAAUAAAAAAAACUUUGAGAACAACAAUGAAAAUAUCAAUAUGUUAGUUUGUAAGGUCCGACUGUGGUCACAGUAAGGUCGGAGGGCCGCCUAUAGGUUUAGUAUAGAGGGUUAACCAGAUAACACUAUACACUUGUUAAACUAGCGGGUUGAUUGAAAAUCAGAAAUACACUGGGCGACGAAUUUCCCACGUUAUGUGUUGGUAGCAAGUUCGAGCGUUCGCGGCGUUGCUAGAUUGAUCGACAUAAAUGGAGACAUCGACAUGUAUCGCGAGAUGUUAACAAUCAUGUCGAACAAAGUCUGGCAACGUUGCGUCAGUUCACCCAACGUCACUGGCGACACAAUUCGCGGGACGCUUAUCGUCUAGUCUCGAGCAUCACUGGGUCCCAGUCAGCUUUUUUCUUUUAUAUAUGAGCUCUUGUCAGCAUAGAUCUGAUACGAUACGCUACGGCGCGUGAA